GGGUGAGAAACCCCGCCUCGGCCUCUUCUUCCGGUGCUGUGCUGAAUGCGAAUCAUGCCGGCUAAAGGACCUCUGCAGUCUGUCCAGGUGUUCGGGCGCAAAAAAACAGCCACUGCUGUAGCGCACUGUAAGCGAGGGAAUGGACUGAUUAAAGUGAACGGCAGACCGCUGGAGACCAUCGAGCCAGCCACACUGCAGUACAAGCUGCUGGAGCCAAUCCUGCUGUUGGGAAAGGAACGCUUCGCUGGCGUUGAUAUCAGGGUGCGUGUGAAGGGCGGAGGACACGUCGCACAGGUCUACGCGAUUCGUCAGGCCAUCUCCAAAGCUCUGGUCGCUUACUACCAGAAGUAUGUGGACGAGGCGUCCAAGAAGGAGAUAAAGGACAUCCUGAUCCAGUAUGACAGAACUCUGCUGGUUGCCGAUCCGCGCCGCUGCGAGUCCAAGAAGUUUGGCGGUCCAGGAGCUCGCGCUCGCUACCAGAAGUCGUACCGUUAAACUCCACCCACACUUCAUCCAAAUAAAACUGAGGAGAAAAACCAUCCGUCACUGCAGUAUCACGCUUUAUUACUGACGCCCAUCAGUCCUCCUGUAGGACACAGUGGGCGGGGCUACAGUCAGCUCACCGUCUGAUUGGUCCAUUCAUUUAGCUGUCGAAGUGAUUAUUAAAGACCCGAGUGUUUCUGUUUAA